UGCAGAGGAUUGUGAAGGAGCUUCACGGUCUUUUUCAAAGAUAAUGGAUUAAGGAUAAAUGCAUUGUCAGCUUUUGUGGGUAAAGAUCAGAGCAUCCUCUACAGCACCAGCAUUACAAUUUGGCUAUUUGUGGAUGCAGGUCUUCCUCAUGAUAUGAUUUACAGAGUUUCUCCUACAUCAGCGCCUUUGUAUGCAAGAAGCUGAUUGGUAAUUAGUGCAGGAUGAGAAGAUGGAGCAGCCACUGCUACCACCACCAGGACCUGACAGCCUUCGCCUCUUCACUAGAGAAUCUCUCUUCGCUAUUGAGAAACGUAUUGCAGAGGAAAAAGCUAAAAAGACACCAAAGGAUCGCAGAGAUGAUGAUGAUGAGAAUGGCCCCAAGCCAAACUCGGACUUGGAAGCAGGCAAAUCUUUACCUUUUAUAUACGGGGAUUUACCUCCAUCAAUGGUGUCAGAACCAAUGGAGGACUUGGACCCAUUUUACAGCAACAAAAAGACCUUUAUAGUAUUGAAUAGAGGGAAGGCAAUCUUCCGCUUCAGUGCCACACCUGCCUUGUAUAUUUUAACUCCUUUCAACCCCGUAAGAAAAGUAGCGAUAAAGAUUUUGGUACAUGCUUUAUUUAGCAUGCUAAUUAUGUGCACUAUUUUGACAAACUGUGUGUUCAUGACCAUGAGUAACCCCCCAGAAUGGACCAAGAAUGUAGAAUAUACUUUUACUGGAAUUUAUACCUUUGAAUCUCUUGUAAAAAUCCUGGCAAGAGGUUUUUGCAUAGAUGGUUUCACUUUCCUAAGAGACCCAUGGAACUGGCUGGAUUUCAGUGUCAUCACUAUGGCAUAUGUGACAGAGUUUGUGGACCUGGGCAAUGUCUCAGCAUUGAGAACAUUCAGAGUUCUCCGAGCAUUGAAAACAAUAUCAGUCAUUCCAGGAUUGAAGACUAUUGUGGGUGCGCUGAUUCAGUCAGUUAAGAAACUUUCGGAUGUCAUGAUUCUUACAGUGUUUUGCCUGAGUGUAUUUGCACUAAUAGGGCUGCAGCUUUUUAUGGGACACUUGCGGAAUAAGUGUGUACAAUGGCCCCCAACCUUGGCUGCCUAUGAGCUAAACACUUAUGCUAUUUUUAAUAGUACUAUUGGCGAAAACGGGUCCUUUGUAAAUGUUACUAAUAUGGAAUUUAACCGUGACAAGUAUAUCGCUGAUGAAAAACGUUAUUAUUAUUUGGAAGGGUCAAGGGAUGCUCUUCUCUGUGGGAACAGCACAGAUGCUGGUCAAUGUCCAAAAGGAUAUGUAUGUCUAAAAAUUGGAAGGAACCCUAACUAUGGCUAUACAAGCUUUGACACAUUCAGCUGGGCUUUUCUGUCUCUUUUUCGACUGAUGACGCAAGAUUACUGGGAAAAUCUUUAUCAACUGACAUUAAGAGCUGCUGGCAAAACCUACAUGAUCUUUUUUGUGCUGGUGAUUUUCUUGGGCUCCUUCUACUUGAUCAAUCUGAUCUUGGCUGUGGUUGCUAUGGCUUAUGAGGAACAGAAUCAGGCCACAAUGGAAGAAGCAGAACAGAAAGAGGCCGAAUUUCAGCAAAUGAUGGAGCAAUUACGGAAACACCAAGAAGAUAUUCAGUUAGCGGCAGCAGCAGCAGCAGAAGCUGCGACGGGAUCCAGAGAAUUAAGUGGUGGAACUGGAUUUGGUGGGCUCUCAGAGAGCUCUUCUGAAGCAUCAAAACUUAGUUCAAAAAGUGCUAAAGAGAGAAGAAACAGGAAAAAGAAAAGGAGACAAAAGGAGCAGGGUGAUGGAGACGAGAAGUGUGAUGAUGAAAAAUUCCACAAGUCAACAUCAGAAACCAGCAUUAAAAAGAAAGGGUUCAGAUUCUCCAUAGAAGGCAAUCGCUUAACAUAUGAAAAAAAAUACUCCUCCCCACAUCAGUCUCUUCUUAGUUUUCGUGGAUCCCUGUUUUCCCCAAGGCGCAACAGUCGAGCCAGCCUAUUUAGUUUUAGAGGACGUGGAAAGGAUGUAGGGUCAGAAAAUGACUUUGCGGAUGAUGAACACAGCACUUUUGAGGACAACGAGAGCAGAAGGGGAUCUUUGUUUGUGCCAAACAGACAAGAACGGAGAAACAGUAAUAUAAGUCAAACCAGUAAAGCAUCAAGGACUCUACCAGUGUUUCCUGUAAAUGGGAAGAUGCACAGCACUGUGGAUUGCAAUGGAGUGGUCUCUCUGCUUGGUGGUCCAUCGGCUCCAACAUCGCCUGCUGGACUACUUCUGCCAGAGGUGAUAAUAGAUAAACCAGCUUCUGAUGACAAUGGCACCAAUACAGAAAAUGAAAUAAGAAACAGGAGGCUGAGUUCUUAUCGCUUAUCUAUGGAUUUUCUGGAAGAUCCUAUUCUGAGACAAAGAGCUUUAAGUAUUGCAAGUAACCUGACAAACACAAUGGAAGAACUUGAAGAAUCCAGAGAAAAAUGCCCACCAUGUUGGUAUAAAUUUGCCAAUACUUUUUUGAUCUGGGAUUGCUCUGAACGAUGGUUAAGAAUCAAGCAUGCUGUCAAUGUAUUUGUAAUGGACCCGUUUGUGGAUCUUGCUAUUACCAUCUGCAUUGUUUUGAAUACAUUAUUUAUGGCGAUGGAACACUACCCAAUGAGUACUAAUUUUAGCGAUGUGCUUUCUGUAGGAAAUCUGGUUUUCACCGGUAUUUUUACCGCAGAGAUGGUUUUGAAGUUAGUUGCCCUUGAUCCAUAUUACUAUUUUCAAGUUGGUUGGAAUAUAUUUGAUGGCAUUAUUGUUAGUCUAAGUUUAAUGGAACUGGGACUUUCCGAUGUGGAAGGCUUGUCAGUGCUACGAUCUUUCAGAUUGCUCCGUGUCUUCAAGUUGGCUAAAUCGUGGCCUACUCUGAACAUGCUGAUAAAGAUCAUCGGCAAUUCUGUGGGAGCUUUGGGAAACCUGACCUUGGUGUUGGCUAUCAUCGUGUUUAUUUUUGCUGUGGUCGGCAUGCAGCUGUUUGGUAAAAGUUACAAGGAAUGUGUAUGCAAAAUCUCAGAGGAAUGUGUGCUUCCUCGUUGGCACAUGAAUGAUUUUUUUCAUUCUUUCCUGAUCGUGUUCCGUGUACUGUGUGGAGAAUGGAUAGAGACCAUGUGGGAUUGUAUGGAAGUUGCAGGACAAUCAAUGUGUUUGACAGUGUUUAUGAUGGUGAUGGUCAUUGGAAACCUUGUGGUGUUAAAUUUGUUUUUAGCUUUGCUGCUCAGCUCAUUUAGCUCAGACAAUCUUACUGCUACGGACGAGGAUAAUGAAAUGAACAAUCUCCAAAUUGCUGUGGCCAGAAUGCAUAUUGGAAUAGCUUAUGUGAAAAAAAACGUACGGGAAUUUUUCCAUAAUGCAUUUGUUAAAAAGCAGAAAGCGUUAGAUGAAAUGAAACCACUAGAGGACACGCAGAACCAGAAAGACAACUGUAUUUCCAAUCACACCACUGUUGAAAUUACCAAAGACUUUGACUAUAUUAAAGAUGGAAAUGGUACCACUGCUACAAGUGGCAUAGGAAGCAGUGUAGAAAAAUACAUAAUAGAUGAAAGUGACUAUAUGUCAUUUAUACAUAACCCAAGUCUCACGGUAACUGUACCAAUUGCUGUUGGUGAAUCAGACUUUGAGAAUUUGAAUACAGAAGAAUUUAGCAGUGAAUCAGAUCUUGAAGAAAGUAAAGAGAAGCUAAACUUAUCCAGCUCCUCAGAAGGCAGCACGGUUGAUAUAAGACCGGCAGGAGAAGGAGAACCAGCUCCAUUGGUUGAAGCUGAGGAAAUCAUGGAACCAGAAGCUUGCUUUACAGAAGGCUGUAUAAAGAAGUUCCCAAUUUGUGAUGUCAGUGUCCUAGAAGGGAAAGGAAAGCAGUGGUGGAACCUCAGGAAAACGUGUUUCAGGAUAGUAGAGCACAACUGGUUUGAGACAUUCAUUAUAUUUAUGAUUCUUCUCAGCAGUGGUGCUCUGGCAUUUGAAGACAUCUAUAUUGAGCAGAGAAAAACAAUAAAAACAAUGCUGGAAUACGCAGACAAGGUGUUCACGUACAUCUUUAUCUUGGAAAUGCUUCUCAAAUGGGUGGCAUAUGGAUUUCAGAAGUAUUUCACUAAUGCCUGGUGCUGGCUGGAUUUCCUCAUUGUUGAUGUCUCUUUGGUUAGCUUAAUAGCUAAUGCCUUGGGCUACUCAGAACUAGGGGCAAUUAAGUCCCUUAGGACACUAAGAGCAUUGAGACCCCUAAGAGCCCUCUCACGGUUUGAAGGGAUGAGGGUGGUUGUGAAUGCCCUAAUUGGAGCUAUUCCAUCCAUCAUGAAUGUGCUUCUGGUUUGUCUAAUAUUCUGGCUAAUUUUUAGCAUAAUGGGAGUUAACAUGUUUUCUGGAAAAUAUGGAUACUGUGUCAAUACCACAGAUGAAUACAGAUAUGACCCAUAUGAAGUUAACAACAUGACAGAAUGUCUUAUAAAACUAGCAAAUAAUGAAACUGUCAGAUGGAAAACUGUCAAAGUCAACUUUGAUAAUGUGGGUUUCGGCUAUCUUUCUUUGCUUCAAGUGGCGACAUUUAAAGGAUGGAUGGACAUCAUGUAUGCUGCAGUUGACUCAAGAAAGGUUGAAGAACAACCUAAAUAUGAAGACAAUCUAUAUAUGUAUCUUUACUUUGUUAUCUUUAUCAUAUUUGGAUCAUUUUUUACCCUCAACCUCUUUAUUGGUGUCAUCAUUGAUAACUUUAAUCAGCAAAAGAAAAAAUUCGGAGGUCAAGAUAUCUUUAUGACAGAAGAACAAAAAAAAUAUUAUAAUGCAAUGAAGAAGCUAGGAUCAAAGAAACCACAAAAACCAGUUCCAAGGCCACCGAAUAAAUUCCAAGGUGCAGUGUUUGAUUUUGUUUCCCAACAACCCUUUGACAUCACUAUCAUGAUUCUGAUCUGUUUAAACAUGGUAACAAUGAUGAUUGAAACUGAUGAUCAGACUGAUGAGAUGGAGAACAACCUGUAUUGGAUUAAUGCUGUUUUUAUUGUCCUUUUUACUGGGGAAUGCGUGCUCAAACUGAUAUCAUUACGUCAUUAUUAUUUUACAAUGGGUUGGAAUAUUUUUGAUUUUGUGGUGGUCAUUCUUUCUAUUGUUGGGAUGUUUCUUGCUGAUCUUAUUGAGAAAUACUUUGUGUCCCCAACUCUGUUCAGAGUUAUACGAUUGGCCCGAAUUGGUCGUAUUUUACGUCUUAUUAAAGGUGCCAAAGGCAUUCGCACACUUCUUUUUGCAUUGAUGAUGUCACUUCCUGCCUUGUUUAAUAUUGGCCUUCUGCUCUUUUUAGUAAUGUUUAUUUAUGCUAUUUUUGGAAUGUCCAAUUUUGCUUAUGUUAAAAAAGAAGUUGGAAUUGAUGAUAUGUUCAACUUUGAAACUUUUGGCAACAGUAUGAUCUGCUUAUUCAUGAUCACAACCUCUGCUGGAUGGGAUGGUUUAUUAGCACCAAUUUUGAACAGUAAAGCACCAGACUGUAAUCCAACAAUAGAGCACCCAGGAAGCUCUGUCAAAGGCGACUGUGGUAAUCCAACAGUUGGGAUUACCUUUUUUGUUAGUUAUAUUAUAAUAUCAUUUUUGGUUGUGGUAAACAUGUACAUUGCAGUCAUUUUGGAGAACUUUGGUGUUGCUACUGAAGAGAGUGCAGAACCACUAGGAGAGGAUGAUUUUGAGAUGUUCUAUGAAGUUUGGGAAAAGUUUGAUUCAAAUGCAUCACAAUUCAUACAGUACAGUAAAUUGUCUGAUUUUGCAGACGCUUUGGAUCCACCUCUUCGUAUACCAAAACCAAAUAAGGUUCAGCUAAUUGCAAUGGAUCUGCCUAUGGUAAGUGGUGACAGGAUUCAUUGCCUUGACAUCCUUUUUGCCUUCACAAAGCGGGUAUUGGGUGAAGGUGAUGAAAUGGAUAAUCUAAGACAACCAAUGGAAGAACGCUUUAUGGCAUCUAACCCAUCCAAAGUCUCCUAUGAACCAAUUACAUCCACCUUACGUCGUAAACAAGAGGAAUUAUCUGCCAUUAUUAUUCAACGCUGCUUCAGGCGUUAUCUAUUAAAGAAAUCCAUAAAACAAGCUUCAUUUAUGUACCAACAUAAAAUCAAAGAUGGAGAAAGUCUACUCAUGAGAAAAGACAUGCUUAGUGAUCGACUUAAUGGAAACUCAACAACAGAAAAAGCAGAUAUCACACCUUCGACCACAUCUCCUCCUUCAUAUGAUAGUGUAACAAAACCAGAAAAAGAAAAACAUGAAAAAGACAAAAUAGAGAAGGAAGACAGAGGUAAAGAUGUCAGGGAGCAUAAAAAAUAAUUUCUGAAGCAAACUGUUUACAGCCUGUGAACAUUACAUAUUUAUGUCAACAGGACUUAUUUCAGAGACAUAUGCCAAACUGACAGUUCUUAUAAUUAUGUACUUAUGGUUAGUGCCUACAACAAGACAGUGGCCCCCUGUCAGGAAAUGAUUACAAAGGCGUGCGACAACCUUGACUGGAGGUUACUGUUCUAACCACUUCACUGCUAUAGAGGCUUGCAAUUCAUUACAAAACAAUGUAUUGCUGGCCCCUUCAGAAGUAAAGGGGUUAUCUCCCAGCUGACACUGCUGAAAAGGAUAGUCGAAAAUGGCUACUCAGACUGUGCAGAAUGGGGACCAUUUUGUGGGAUACAAACCUAUGAUUUUUGUGUGUUGAAAACUUUAGUAAACUACUUGUAUCCACUAUUUGCAUUUCAACUGCCAUAUUUGCCAUAUGUUUACAAUAUGUGUUUAUGGAUUCAUCAUUUUUUUGGAUUCAUAGGUUCUCUACUAUUAUAUGCGAAUAUUUUUGUAAAUGGGUUUUAUGUUGGGAUGGGGCUGUUACUUACCACUUCAAAGGUAUGAGGACCAGGUGUUCUAUUAUAUCUUUCUCUAUACAUAUGAAUAGAACUGAAUGCAUGAAAGCAUGCUAGACUCAUAGGUCAUGCAUGGAAAAAAACAUGGAGCUACAAAAACUGAUUGUUAAUAUGUGACACGAAAUGUUGAGGUGCUUAACUGUUCAUGUUGUGUCACAUAAAGAAAUGAUUAUAUGUGCCUGUAAAAUCCCAAUAAGUCCCAUGUUAGAGGGCAGAUGGAUUCAAUUUUAUGCAAAUCUCAGCUAGAGCAAACUUCAUUUCAGUGCUUUGAAGCACAAACUACAUUUCUUUGUCAAGUGACAUUAUUUCUAAUAGCACAGGAUUUACCAAAACAAAAAAAAAUUAUUUAGGCUUUAUCCUGCAGUAUUGUUUAGCCAUUGUCAGCUGUCAGCAAAGUUAACGUUGUACAUGCCAACGGAAUUGCCUAUCUUAUGGUAUGUAAAUAGUUAUUUUACCCUGUGGUGGGUGUUUGAGCAAAGAAAUAAUGACUUGGACACAGUAUUUAUUGCAUCAAAUAUGUACCACAUAUGUCUAGCUUGCAAGCUUUUGAAAAAUAAUAGAAAAUAUUCUGUAUUUAUAUAAAUCGUUUGGACGCUAUCACAAAUGCAUGUUUAUAUUGCCUGGGCUGCUUUAUGAAGUUAUUUUCCACUGUCCAACAGUCUAAUAUGGAAAGCCAUAUGUCAAUGGUAAAAUAAGACAAAUUGAUGAAUAAGACCUCAUUUCUUUAUCAUUAAGCAAUAUUUUGCAGCUGUUAAUAUUUUGUUUUGUUCUUUUGGUUAAAGUUUUUUUUUCUUCGUUUUGUUUUAUGUUACAACUGUUUGGUAUACAUCCAGACGAAAUUGGGAUUGUCGCAAACUGCUUUAAAGGAUACAGAGUUUUUAAAAUAAUAUAAAUACUGUAAAUAUUCAUUUAGCUUUAUUUUUCAGCAUUUUGUACAUAAAAGAAGAGAAGAAAAACUAACUUCAGGGUCAAUGUUGUGGUCACUUUUGUUACUUUCCAUGCAUAGAACUAUUUAAUUCAAGAUCUUUACAAAAUAAAGUACAGUAUGAAGAAGAGAGUUGUAAAUUUGCUAUUUUAUUAUAGUUAAUAUCAUUUUUGUGCACACACUGAAUGUGGAAAUAAAUGUGUAAAUCUGGGACCACAGCUCACUUGCAUUACAAAAUAAUAAAUUUAAUGAAAUAUAUAUAUAUACAUAAACACUGGACAAAAUAUACAGAAAAUGUGAGCACUGCCUGCAUCAGGUGUUACUUUUUUCAAGGACAGACAUAUCUGUAACACAAAUGUGUUUCCUGUACUGCUAUAAAUGAAAGGUUAAAGAAUAUGUUUUGGGGUUUGUUUGUUUUUUGUUUAUUUUAAUUUUCAUUUCUAGAGUCUGACUGCAUUAUUCAUUCAAAUCUUGUUGGUUCAUGCUGCACUGGAAUGUUUUAAAUAAUAUGUGGGAUCCACAAGCUUCAUUUUUCCAAAAGGACAUGAAUUUGCUUACAACACCAUGUUAGCUUAAGUUCUGUUUUGGACACAUGGCAGAAGUUAAAUGUAGACUCCUUUGUUUACUAAGACUAAUGACUUGUAGUGUACUGUGAACUGCAUGCAGGAAAUGCUAUUACCUAAAAUUACAGCUAACUACAUUACAAACAAGCCAAAAGAAUAAAGAUUACAUUUUGUAUUGUA